AUGACGCGUUUGUCGUCUCAAUUGGCAGUCCUGGCCUCUUCGUUUUCUUUGCUCCACGCCGCGUCCCUUCAGAAACUCAAUGUAACGCUCGAGCACAACCCCAGCAACGUAGGCUUCUAUAUCUACGUCCCCGACCAGAUUGCCCCGAACCCGCCAGUCCUUGUCAACCCUCAUUGGUGUCACGGCGAUGCACCUUCUGCGUUCGCUGGAUCCACGUUUGCUAGUCUGGCCUCCCAGUACGGUUUUAUUGUCAUCUAUCCCGACAGCCCGAACCUGGUCGACAAAUGCUGGGACGUUUCCUCUCGUGCCACUCUGUCCCACGAUGGUGGAGGCGAUAGCCAAGGGAUUGUGAGCAUGGUAAACUGGACACUCGACAAGUACGGGGCCGAUGCAACUCGUGUCUUCGUCACGGGUGUCAGCUCCGGUGCCAUGAUGACCAACGUCCUUGUGGGGGCCUAUCCCGAUGUCUUUGCUGCCGGCUCAGCGUUUGCGGGUGUGCCGUUCGGGUGCUAUGGGGCAAACAUACCGGCAAACACUAGCGAUGUGGAUUAUUGGAACAGCGACUGUGCCGAGGGGCGCGUCCAGUACAGCCCUGCGGAGUGGACUUCGAUAGUGAGAGCGGCGUAUCCCGCAUACGGCAGCGGCUGGCGUCCAAAGAUGCAAGUAUUCCACGGUACGGUGGACGAGACGCUCAAUUACACCAACUUCGGCGAGGAGAUCAAAGAAUGGACCGGCGUGUUUGGCCUGAGCCAGACACCUACGAUCACCGUCCAAGACACGCCAUUGGCAAACUGGACCAAAUACGUCUAUGGGGAUGCGGGCUGGUUCGAGGCGUAUAGUGCCUUGAAUGUCCCGCAUAACAUACCUGUGCAGGCGGACGUCGCGGUCGACUGGUUUGAUCUGCGAUGUACCGAGGGCGAUUGCUUCCACUGGGGGACAGGAGGACCAACAAACAAGAGGUCUGCAGGUGACCACAACCAAGGACGUGCCAACUGA